AUGAAACCAGUUAGGGAGGAGGGUGAUACAUCCAGAGCAGAGCAGCAGACUGAGGAGGGGUAUACUCUGGUGAGGCACGGUGGUCAUAGAUCGGAAUCCCAAAGGAUUAGACCGGUGUUAGGAGACAGAAGAGAGAAAGGAAACUUAGAUUUGGAAUCCCCAGAGAUCCGGAAAGAGAAUAAGGAAAAUCAUAACUUACCAAAUCAUAAUCAUCAAGGAAAACGUGUCUCGCACGAGGCUAGGAUUACGUUCGGGGCAAGUAUGAAGCAAAAUUUGAAAGGAGUUCAAUUGGGUAAUAAGGUAAGUGGAAGGGCCCAAGACAAGUCAAAGUCCACGUUGUUUAAAAAAGGAAAGCCCACUAGAGGACUGGUGUUCAGCCCAAGACAGGAAGAGAUAGCUUUAUCUUCGAGUGGGAAGCGAAUGAGAAUGGAGAAAGAGACGAUGGGGAGAGCAGAUAUGGGUCUUUCACAGCAUGUUCGUGGGACUGAAGCUGAGGAUGUGUCAGUUUCGGUAGGUGAUAAGAUGGAAGUUGUAGCCCAGCUGGGGUGGGUGAGAAGUUAA